GCGGAGUCGGGACGCAGAGACAGCGCCACCGGGAACCGCGCCAAGGCGGCGGGAACUACAACUCCCGACGCGGUCGCCUCGGGCCGACGCACAGCCCAGCGCAGACUGGCCCCGCCCAGCGGCCUCGCGGGUUCAGUCCCAGGUGCCCGCGCCCCGAAUCGCGGGGCGGCCGCGGGCGAGCCGCAUGGAGCCCCGGGCGGCGGACGGCUACUUCCUUGGCGACGUGGGUUUCUGGGUGGAGCGGACCCCUGUGCACGAGGCAGCCCAGAGGGGUGAGAGCCUGCAGCUGCAGCAGCUGAUCGAGAGCGGCGCCUGUGUGAACCAGGUCACUGUGGACUCCAUCACGCCCCUGCACGCAGCAAGUCUGCAGGGCCAGGCGCGGUGCGUGCAGCUGCUGCUGGCGGCCGGGGCCCAGGUGGACGCCCGCAACAUCGAUGGCAGCACCCCGCUCUGCGACGCCUGCGCCUCGGGCAGCAUCGAGUGUGUGAAGCUCCUGCUGUCCUACGGGGCCAAGGUCAACCCUCCCCUGUACACAGCGUCCCCGCUGCACGAGGCCUGCAUGAGCGGGAGUUCCGAAUGUGUGAGGCUUCUUAUUGACGUCGGGGCCAAUCUGGAAGCACACGACUGCCAUUUUGGGACCCCUCUGCACGUGGCCUGUGCCCGGGAGCAUCUGGACUGUGUCAAAAUGCUGCUCAAAGCAGGGGCCAACGUGAAUGCCGCAAAGCUUCAUGAGACGGCCCUACACCACGCGGCCAAGGUCAAGAAUGUCGACCUCAUCGAGAUGCUCAUUGAGUUUGGUGGCAACAUCUACGCCCGGGACAACCGUGGGAAGAAGCCGUCUGACUACACGUGGAGCAGCAGUGCUCCUGCCAAGUGCCUUGAGUACUAUGAAAAGACACCUCUGACUCUGUCACAGCUCUGCAGGGUGAGCUUGAGAAAGGCCACCGGCGUCCGAGGGCUGGAGAAGAUCGCCAAGUUAAACAUUCCGCCCCGGCUCAUCGAUUACCUCUCCUACAACUGAGCUGCAGGCAGAGGUUGGGCAGCUGCCGCUCACCGCUGGCUGCCCCUGCUGUGCCCAGCAUUGCCCCGAGAGGGGUCUCUGCCCGUUCCUCUGAAGCAGCGUGAUUGCUGUAGCAGGCGUCCCCAAACUUUUUGCACAGGCGGCCAGUUCACUGUCCCUCA